GGGGGUGGCGCUAAUUUGCGGACGUGGCGCCGGCGCCGCUCCGCUGCCUCGGCCGGGGCCUGGCCUGUCAGCGCGGAAAUAAGGCGACGCGGCUCCUCGGAGGCGGCCAUUGCCCAGACCGGGUCGGGAGGGACAGGUGCCGCUGCCAGUGUGAGGAGCGGCGACCAGUCUGUCACCGUCGAGCCGGCGGCUGAGGCGGGAGGCUGGCAUGUCUCUUUCGCGGGCUGCCCCCCUCCACAAAGAGGAGCCCCUUCCUGAGGGAAGCAGGUAGGGUGGAAGGCGGGCCGCUGCGGGGCCCGGAGCUGCCGCCCCAGGGAAAGGGCCCCGCUCUGUCUGCUUCUCUUUUUGCCUCAUGCCCCCUCGGUUAGGAGCGUUUGCUUCUCCCGAGGGGUCGGGGGGGGGGUCGGCGGAAGCCCAGCUCGGCCGGUGAAAGAGCCGCCGGUGGGGGUGGGCAGCGCAGUUGGAGCCCUCGGAUGCUGCUUUACGGUUGGCCGCCGGGGGCCGGACUAGACGGGCCACACUGGCCUGGCCCAGCAGACUCCUCUGAUGCCCUUCAUCAUGUGAUGCUCUGGUCGGGGUGGGUGGGGGCUCCUUAGGCAGCCUCGCUUCGCUCACUUCUGAGGGUCUUCUGGGGGGAAGGCGCUUUUGAUGACAACACGUGUUGUUGUUAUUUCACUUCGGAAUGGGAGGCGAACUAGGCCUUCUGGGUUUUAAGGGUCCUCCUGCACAUCUUGCCAAGAGGUGGUCCAAAGUCCAGCCCUCCUGAGUGCUCCACUUCUAGGUUUUGUCAGCUUUCCUUUCUGGACUCAGCUACCUGGGUGUUUAGGAUGUGUAGCUUCCAGACCAUCAUUCAGCAGGUACCACUUUCCCUCCAACUUGUUACUGUUAAAAAGACGCAGAAGGCUGUUAGAAGCAAACUUGGCUUCUUCUUACAGGUCCAAGCCCCACUCCUCUGCCCAAUAGGCAAGCUUGAUGUAGGGAUCCCUAUAAAGAUAAUGCCCAGAUAAUGUUGAUGGGGGUUGGUUAGGAGCUGAGAAGGUGUGUUUCUGUGGUGGGCAGGUGGUUCUUGUAUACACUGUAAAUCAAAAAUAGGAUUGCUUUCUACUGAAAUACUUUGCUUCUCAUAUAGAUUACUAGAUAGUUUCCUUACUUCCAAAUAUGCAAGUUCAGUGAUAGUCUUCAUUCUCUGUUCUUCCCUCUCCAUCCCUGCAAGCACUGUUGUCUCUCUAGUGUCCAUUUCUAUUUGUUUUGUUUUCAAUUAUUAACCUGGAGAAUCUGUGCAUGCCAAAUGGUUUGGUGUUUUUUUUAGGAAUAUGUGUGGGUUGGCAGCAGGGAGGUGAAAUUGUUGUCCUAUUACUCAUAGGUGUUCUAUAUAAAUUAGUACUUAAGUUGGGGUCCUCUGUUUGACUAGUUGUCCUAUUUUUCUUUUUCUUCUGUUAGACUCCUUUUGACAGAAUGACAGCAAAAAAACAGAAUUUCAGUUUCCAGCUCCCUGCUGUAGUGCAGCCUACAGUGGAUAAUCAUUUGUAUACAUUUGGGAAUGGUAUCAGUUCUGACAGUGAUGUGCUGGAAGAUGAAACGGAGCUGUAUGAAUUGCGACCCAGGGGAAGGGAGAAAGUCCGAAGAAGUACAUCAAGAGAAAGGAUUGAUGAUAUCGUAUUUAUAACCAAGGAUAUAAAGGAAGGAGACACACUAAAUGCAAUAGCUCUUCAGUACUGUUGUUCAGUAAGUCUGUAUGCAACUUUUCUCAGUGGAAUUUUGUGACAUGUGAACGCAGAAAGCUUUUAAAUUCUUAUACAAAAAUAUUCACUUAUUUGCAAUAGAAAAAACUUGUUUGACACAACCCAAGAUGCAUUGUACAGCUUGAUUUGAUAGAUUUGUACCACACUGAAGUGUGCUGUGGAGCAACUACUAGAGUCUUGCAUAGGUUUUGGAAUUGUAUUUAACUUUUACUCAGAGUAGAUCCAUUAAAAUGAAUGGGCAUUACUAGCUUAGGUAUAUUAAUUUUAAACUAAGACUUAGUGGAAUGUAACCCUUGAUGGUUUUUGCCUCACUGAAUAGGAGUAUAUUAUGGUGCUGCCACAGAAGGUUCCAGAACUUUGUUGGUGAUAGCAGGUUGAAAGUUUCUGCUCUUAUGUGCAGUGAUGUGAUAACUUGGUAUCAGGAUACCCAUGCGUGGAUGUGCAUGCAUGUUCAAAUGAAUCAUCAUUUGGAUCUACAACAACCAAAUGGUUGCAGACCUAAAUAAACUGGUAUGUGUGAGUCAGCACACAAUAAUUAUGUUUCCAAAAUGUUUUUUGGAUAAUGUUUAGUUCUCAUGAAUUCUAGUCCACUAGGCCCAAAUUACAUGUUAGAAGAGCCCCUCAGAUUACAACUACAUUCAUUCUUUUAAGUGUAAAAACAUAUCUUCCGGUGGGGGUAAUUGGGGAAAGAAAAGCAGCAAGUCCUACUGUUUUAAAUGCAAGUUGCAUAUAAAAUCUUGGGGGUAAGACAAGCAGUGGGUAGGAGCAGGGAAAGGUUUGAACACAGGUCCUUGCUUUGUCUGAACUCUGUUAUCCCCAGCAAAGGCUUGAAGGUAAUUCCCUUUGACCUUGCUGCCUGGUAAAUGGAUUUUAGGAUUGCAGCCUUAAAGGCUAUUGGGCUACAGUUAGCAGCUAUUUACAUACAGUGCAUAGUUUGGAACUUGUCAGUUAAGAUAUUGCACAAAUUAAUGUUCAAAUAUUUUUUUAAAAGGCAGAACCCUCUGGGUGUUUCAUAUGUAAGCAACCUAAGACACAAAGUUUCUUAAAAUAUUUUAUUCCCUUAUUGAAUUUUUUUAAGAGAGGUGCAUUCCUGAAAACCUGUCCCCUUUCUUAGACUAGGGUAAGUUGCAAGAAGGGCAACACAAUUGCCUGUUUUGGAGAAAUGUGGUCCCAUAUCUUUAAUCAAGUGACUAACAUUGGUUAUAGUAGCUGAAAUUUCUAUAGUAUCCCAUCAGCUGCUACUUUUAUGUUCCUAAGAAGUUCUAAACAACCCCUUAUACCAUAUGGAAAGCUCUUUGUUUUUUAAUUGAAAGGCGUUUUCAAAAGACGGUUUGUAAUAUGUCAUGGCAGAUGGGGAGUACAUAUUGUUUAAAGAAAAGGAUCUUGAAUACAGCUAACUUAGGUUUUCCAGAUCCUAGCAUCUUGCCAGUUGUGGGGAGUCAAGCACUUUGUAUGAGUGGUAAUUGGUUUAGAUGCAUAGAAUAGUAGAAACGGUGCUUUACAGCUAGUUAUUUAAUCAGUUUCAUAGAACAAAAAUGCUGGUUGUAAAAAAAAAUGGAUUCUGAAAAUCAGAAUAACUAAGAGAACUAAAUUAUUUUUUUCUUAGGCCACAACAGCAGUAACAGGCUUUGGGUAAAGUGCUUACUAGGUGCACAUGUGACACAAGGAUCACCUUUAGGAACUUUUACCUUGUAUGUGUAGUGUUAGCGGGCCAAUAACAAGUGCAUUUAAAUGAGACUGGGUGUAUGUGGAACACCUGUGACUUACACAAUAUCUGGUUUUGCCCUUGAAACAUUGGAUUACAUGUUAUGACCGCACAUAUAGAAAAGGAAUAGUCCUCCCUAUUAGGAGUUUCUUGAAGCACUGACUCACUCCAUGACUUUCCCUGCCCUUCAGGAAGAAGAAAGAACCCCAGAAUAGCUCUUUGCCUGGAGAAAAGAGUCAUGGUUGGCCCUAGGUAACCCAAACUAGGCUAUCAUUUUCUUUUUCAGUUGAGUAGUUGACUCUUUAAUAACCAAUUUCCUCUGCUUCUCUCCUGAUUAAACAGUUUAAGCAGAAGAACCAUAACAAACAGUACGACAGUAUAGUUGGUGGUAAGAAGCCCAUUCUAAGUCAUUUGAUUCACAGGGGCUCAUCUUACCAUCCUGGGGAGAUAGGAAAGGCAAGGUGAGCCAGUGCUUCCAGCCCCCCUCUUUCUUUCUUUUUCUUUGACCUGUUGGGAUUAGAUCCUUUAGACUCCCGUAGCCUUUCCUACCCACAAUCAUAACUGGCUGUUUCAAUUGCAAUAACAUGUAGCCAGGCUUUUUGUGCCAAUUUAUUUUUUAAAAGAAGUUAAACAGUUAGGACUUGGAAAAUGAAUGCUGGUCACUCAAGAGCUGCCUUUUCAAAAAUGCUAAUUCUUUCCUUUGUUAACUGUUGUGUUUCAGGUAGCAGAUAUCAAAAGGGUGAACAAUCUUAUUACAGAUCAGGACUUCUUUGCACUGCGAACUAUUAAAAUUCCAGUGAAGAAGUUCAGUGUAUUGACUGAGACACACAGCUUUCCAAAAAGCAGGCAAGCUUCAAGAUCUGCCUCUACUUUGUACUCUACAGAAACCCCAGAUGCAUCACAAGCUGCUGAGCCAUUCUCCACAGAGACUGUUGGUAACUUUCUGAAAGAAGUAGACCGUGAUAUAGAACAAAUAGUGAAGUGUAAUGCUACAAAGAGAGAGAAUCUUAAUGAAGUUGUUUCUGCCUUAUCAACCCAACAGUUAAACUUUGAACCAGACGGUAAAUCCAUAAAGCGGAAAGAUCCUCAUUAUGGAGCAGACUGGGGAAUAAGAUGGUCAACAGCAGUAGUGAUAAUGGUAGUGGUGGUAAUAAUAACUCCUGUUUUUUAUCUUUUAUACUAUGAGGUUUUAGCUAAAGUGGAUGUCAGCCACCAUUCUACAGCAGAAUAUACUUCAGUUACAUCACCAUCUCAGCCCAAACCACUAGAAAAUGGAAUAAAUCACCCUAUUUCAUGAUAACUGAAAUUUUUGCUUUACAUGCUAAAGUCUUUGGCAAUCAUUCAAUGUGUUCUGCAAAGAAAAAAGAACAACAGGUCCUGUGUGGAGUUGGAAAGUAGCUAUCUUUGUGGUGGCAUUUAAUAAAAACUCUUGCAGAGGGUAUGGAAGACAUCACCUUUCAAUGGAAAAGUUGUUGCCAAGUUCAGUGUGAGAUUGUUGAUUGAAUACCAAUUGUCUGGAUCUGCCAAAAUAUGUGGAUCUAAGCUGGCAAACUUCCACUAAGUGAAAGUACCUUCAUUGCAGCCAGAAAACUAUGAAAUGGUUUUCUUUAGUCUGGAAGUAAGCUAGCGUCCUGUAUUAUAAAAGAUAAACCAUUCUCUUCUAGCAUGGAAUAUAAUACAAAUCACGAAGGUAGGGGUUUAAAACAGUUUAGCUUAUCAGAUAUGCAGAACAAGUACAAUGCUCUGUUGUUGAUCUAACAUACACUACAUGGACUAUGAUAUUUACAGUACCUUUUCAUGAGAAAAGACCAAUGAGCCAUGAGACUAAACUGCACUUGGCAUGCAAACAUCUGUAACAGUGUACUGAUACUGUUACUACUUUUAAUAACAGCUUUGGGAGGGCAAAAGCUGUUGAGCAAGGAAGGAUAUUCUUAAACCAUUCCCUACUUGUAAUCUUUCUGCUUCCAAGCGACCCCCCCUAAGUGCUGUUACUAUUGAAGAGUUCCAAAGGUGCAAAUGUACAUGUAAUUUGGUGCAGGAAAGUGGCAAUGUCUUCUCCCCUACCCUUUAAAUGAAAAGGCAUUGGAACCCCAGUGGGUACUUUUUGUAGGGAACAGUUACCUGGCGUGAAAAGAGGUUUUAAGCCUUGCACCAGCUCUGGGACUGCUAGGGAUGCUCUCUUUCCCCCUCACCUGCAAGGUGGCUCCAGGACUUUGACUAUGUGUGAGGCUUGCAUAUAUCCCUAACCCUUGGAAGCGAACCCCUGUGUAAAAUGAGGGAUUACUCAUACAAACAUGUGACUCACAUGUCUAAACUGAUUUUUAUUGCAGUAAACAGGGCUGUAUCCAGUGUUAAUAAUACUCCAAGUAAACCAUUUGAAAUUGAUUGAAAUUGCAUUACAUUAAUUAAGGUGGAUCUGCCCUGAGUAGAAUGUCACUGAAUAAAACCAUUACUUAAUGCACUUGACUACAUGGAGUCAGCUAACGGCCCCCUAAAUUGUUUUCCUCUAGCAAAAAGGAAAUAUUUAUGUUCUUAUGCAAAGCAUACUUAACCAUGAAACCAUGAUGCCUUCUCAAGUCAUAUUAACCUGCAAAGUUGGAGUUUUGCUAAUAAUAAUACUAAAAGGCAGAGAAUCAAGCUAACACAAGUUGUUGAGAAAAAUAGAAGCCAGGUUUUUUCUUAAGCAGUUCUUGGUUAUUUUGAAGAAAUAUAUUCUAGUAUUCUAGUUUAAAAGUUCCACAGAGAACUCAUGCAGUAGAAAAAAUGGCCAAGUAUUAAAAAAAAACUGCUAGUUGGGACUACAGUAAUUGAAAAUUAGUGAAACACACAUUCCCAUAAUCCUAAUUUAAUAUGCCCCUUAUUUAUACAUAAAUGUUUCCCUCUUUUUUUUUAACAGUAAGAAGUAUGCUGCCAGCCUGUGCAAUACAUAAGUUUGCUUCCGCAUAUUUUUAGAUGUGUCUUCUAGAACAGGAUUUUGGCUGCAAUCUGAAGCUUCCCAUCUUUUCCUGGCAGUAAGCACCACAGAAUUCAUUAGGACUUACUUCUGAGUAGACAUGGUUCAGAUUGUCAUGUUAGUGUAUUUACAUGACAUGUAAUGCUAAAGUGUACAUCAUGUAUAUGGGGUAGAACUUUGUAAUCUCAGUCUCCAACUCCAGCCUGAACAGAAGGCCAGUCCACUUGUGCAUGGACAUAUGCAGCAGGAAUUCCAACAGGCAGGACCAAUAUCUAAAGAAAGUAUUCUUCAGGCUAGAAUACAAGUUUGGCACUUAAACUGUCAUAAUAGAAUGCCGCCACACAUCUUCACAUCUAGUCACUAUAACUAACGGCUCACUCUUAAAUUCUCAAAAGCAAGUUACUGCUUUAUAUACACUCGCUAGAGAACUUGAUAAUGAGCUGAUUAUGAUUCAUGCAGUAUCUAAAUCUCAGCAAGUUUUUUGUGUAUGAGAAAGCUUCUUGGACUUGAUGUUAAGGAGGGCUGGGCAAUAUCUGGUUUUAAACAUCACAAUAUAUCACCAGCUAAACAUCGCAAUAUAACAAUAUAUCACAGUGUCUGAAAAAAGGAUGGAGCUGUGCAGAGGUAUUGGCUGGCUUCAUGGUUUUUCCCACGUAAUUUUUGCAUAGCACACACAUAUACAUCAUGAUUCACAGUAUAUUGCCAGGUCAAAAACUAUGAAACAGAUAUCAUGAUAUGCACUUCCAGCUGGUUUUGGAUGAUAUAUCAAUAUAUCGCCCAGCCCUAAUGUUAACUAUUCAUUCCUUUAGAUUUUCUAGGGUGUAUCCAUAUAUUAGGACAGACCAUAAGAAGAAGAAGAAGAAGAGGAAGAGUUUGGAUUUGAUAUCCCGCCUUUCACUCCCUUUAAGGAGUCUCAAAGCGGCUAACAUUCUCCUUUCCCUUCCUCCCCCACAACAAACACUCUGUGAGGUGAGUGGGGCUGAGAGACUUCAGAGAAGUGUGACUGGCCCAAGGUCACCCAGCAGCUGCAUGUGGAGGAGCGGAGACGCGAACCCGGUUCCCCAGAUUACGAGACUACCGCUCUUAACCACUACACCACACUGGCUCUCAAGAAAACUAUUUGGAGUUAAUUAUGUUGGCUUCGUGUAUAAUUGCUUUCAUAGAAUUAAGUUUUAGUGCUGUGCCCUUGGCUUUUCUGCAUGGCCACUCUAAGAUAUAACCCUUGAAACAGUGUUUCUGUGUGUUCUGGAAACUGGUAGUGAACAGUGUCCUCUUAACAUUACCCAUGGUCCUAUAUAUAAAGAUCCUUCUGAAAAAAUACCUGUCUUGAGUUUAGCUGCAGGGAAAUGUUUGUUGCAUCAAGUGAGUUUGUGUGCUUUUUGAUGUUGGACAAGGAAAAUUUUAUGUUGGCUGCAGGGAAAUUAAGAGCCAAAUCUGUGGUUGAACUCUGAAUGUCUUUUUUUUCUUUGUUAUGGUUUAUAGCUGAACAAGUAAAGGUGUUGCUUGACAAUAUAUAGUUGUAGUAAAAUAUUCACAUGUGUGAAAUGAUGGCAGCAGAAAUCUUUAUUAUAUAGACUCUUUAUUUUUCAAUAAAAGCCACAGAAGCAAGCUAUUUACAACUUAUUUUUAAAGUUUGGUUGUAAUGUGGUAAAUAGCCCUUAUUUUUAAAACUGUGCUAUGGAGUUCCAAAAACAGAGUAUGUUAUUUGUAGGAAAGAUACAAGGUUUAAAAUUUGAACAAAAUCUCUGAGGUAUAGGCACAUUCAUCAGUUGCAGGAAAAACAUCACUGGCCCAGCUCACGUGCCAUGCUAAAACAUUCUCUUAGUGUUAUGCUCAAGUGGGAAUCAUAGUUUGUUUCACACCAAACAAACCACAAUUGGUAAGCCAAUAACAAAUUGUAGUUUGUCUGAAGUGAAACCAACCACUAUCCUUGCUUUGGAUGUAAGGCCAAGUGAUCAGAGUUUGUUUUUUGGAGCAGCCAAGAUUGGUGUGUUCACAGUCAACCAUUAAUUGUGGAUUGCGAUGAUGUGUGAAUGAUUCCAAAGUCCUAUGGGAUUCUAAAUGCUUAAAAAUUUAUUAUAGCGGAAGCUUUUGUGGACCACACAGUUAAUGUUAUCAGAUUCACGAAGCAUUAUUCUGAAUUACUAGUAUUCAUCCCUGGAUGUGGUUGCUCUGUUUUAUUGUGACUCGCUUAUGGAACAACACCAAUGCAGUUGCUUUCUGCAUGUGUUAUUCCACUUUUUCUUUUAAUGAAUUUAUAAGAACAGGGGUGCUUAGCCAUCUGGUUUUGUGUUUUAAAGCUCCCUUACCACCCUUAAUCAUGCGUGAAAAUAUCUGAGAUGUACUUCAUGAAAUUCCUCAGUUCCCCAUGGGAAAGCUGUGAAUUUCAUUGUCUUUAAAAGAAAUGGAGAAAAAAAUAUCACUAUCACUAUGCAGCCCAGCACUGUAUAUUACCCCUUGGAUGCGUGGCUGGGUUUGGACUGUUUUGAUGUGGCGUUGGGUGUAGCAUCUCUUGAGCUUAUCAUCCUCCUGGAUUAGAAUGAGGAAACAAUGGAAUGUUGCUUUCAAUAGGGUAUUUAUUGGAAGAGGGUCAUCCCCAUUCAUAUUCCGCUGCAAGUAGUCACACAAAUACGAUUUUUUUCUAUUUGACUAUGGCUGGAUCACAGUUGAUGUGGGCAGCAAAAAGAGACAAGAGCAGCAUAGCAGGAUCCAUACAACUGGAUAGACUGCUUCAUCUAGCGAAGAACUAUAUCUUAGGUGACCCCGGCGACUGUUAUACAGGCCUUUAAAAAAAGACACUCUAAGCCACUAGCUCAACUUUUUCUGACCCAGGAUCCACCUUUAACCCAAGCAUAAAUUUAGGGGCUAAUUAAAUUUUUUUUUUAAAAAAAACCAUAUAUUUGUAUGGUGGUGGUAGUGGUACUCUUGCAACCCAUCUUAGAUCAGGCUGUAACCUAUAGCGGUUCCUGACCCACCCACUGAAGAUCAGUGCUCUAAGCAAUCAGUUUUGCAUGUGAAUUCAAAUGAAAUGACCUGAGGGAAUGGAAAACUGCAGGAAAAGAAAGUUGCAGAUGUGCCACUUCUGAAUUUUUUUGGGGGGGGUGGGGGGGUUAAAGUGUUGGGUAAAGUGGAAUACCAAACACAGCCAAGUGUAGAAGAGUUCUAAACAUAAAAGGGGAAAUUAUAGACCUAACUAGAUAGAUUUAUUAAAAUUCUCUGUCACUUUUUAGAUAAAACUUGCAAGGCAGCAUGCAGUAAAAUUUCUAAACAACCUACACUUGAACUGUCUACACAUCACAAAGACUGGUUGGUGUACCACAGCUAAAUCAUUUUUGUGGUGAUAAUUUGAACUGAGGCAUCUGAAAAAGUAUUGUCAAAUAGUGAAAAUAAUAAUCAGCAUAGUAUUAUGUACCAAAAAUACUACCUUGGACUUUGUUAUAGCUCAAGGAUCUGUGCCUUAUUUCUGCAAUUUAACUAUGCUAAACCUGUUUCUUUUGUGAAAAAGUGAAUAGUGCAGUCAUGAAAUCGAAGGUCUGUUGAAAUAUCACAAUGAGGACCUGCUUGUUUUAUUAAAGACACUGAUUUAUUUUCUGUGUAUGGGUCUUAAAGUAGCUUUAAGAAAAAAAGUAUGUUAAAGCACUUAAUAUGUGCUGUUGGUGUAUGUAUUUCUCUUUUCAAAAACAAUGUGGCAGAAAUGAGUACUUUGUAAUCAUGUGUGGUGAAUCUAUGGUUUGGCAAGGAUAGAAAAAGAUAAUCUAAUGUUCCACAAAAUGGAUUAUUGGAUUAUUAUUAUUAUUUUACUGUGCAUUCUAGUGGUUCCUAUUGACAAAUCUAGCUCAAUACUAAAGUUGUCCAAGCCUCAGUUAUUUCAGAGGGGACUUCUGCCUACAUACUUAGUGUUACAGUAGUAAAUUUUAAGAAUUCUACCAAAAAAAGAGAGAAAAAUAUUUAGAAUAUGGUCACCAGAUUUCUAAAUACAAUCCAUGGUUAAAGAGGGAAAUUGGCUCCUAAUCUGCGUAUUGUACUAUGAAACCACGUGAAAUGUUUUUACCCCUGGAUUGGUUAUUCAAAGGAACACUGCCACAAAUGUUAUUUACAUAAUUAAGCCGUUUAUAAAAGUUUUGGAAUUUAUAAGAUCCUUAUGGCAAGAAUAUAUUUUCUUUUUGAAUUCUUAAUUCCAGAAAAAUACAAAUAAAGAAAUAUAUUUUUAAUCCUGUUUAGUGAUCAAUUGUUGUACCCUAUGGAUAUUCCACACUAAUCCAAAAAGCUGCUUUAGCUACAGCAAAGGAUUUUGGCAUGCCCAUUUCUAUGUUCUACUGUGAAAAGCAGACUCCAACACAUCAGAGGUGUCAAGAGGGGAUUCUUCUGCAACAUGUUUCUUGUGCAGCAGAUCUCCUAGUCCAAAUUUUAUUUCAUUGUUGAUUUAAGGUGUUUAUAUAUACACUACUGUUUUUCAGGCACACCCUGAAGCAGUGUGAAGCAGUUUACAUAAGAUUACAACACUAAGCAUUGGGUUUUGAUUUGUUUUUAAAAAGCUACAAUGGAAAAGACAACAACAACUGUAUUUUGGAAAAGUACCUGGGAUGACAUUUGGAAAAGGGAGGGGCCACUACUGGAAGCUGGAUGGUAGGAUAUAUGGAAUUAAUUGUGCUUCUUUAAAAAAACCCUUUUAAGCAGGGAUAUAAGAAGUACUAUUACUAUUACUAUUAUUUUAUUUACUACCAUAAUGUUUCUUGGAAGCACUGCAAGACUGUCAUUGUUGG